AUGCAUGGAUUCAGAGUGGCCAUUCUUGGAGCUGGCGGAACUGGCAAAUCCGCUCUCGCCAUACGUUUCGUGUUCGACGAGUUUGUGAGUAGGUUUGACCCUACAAUUGAAGAUACGUACAGGAAACUGGUUUCUAUAGACGGCGAAACGUCCAUGGUCGACGUUCUGGAUACAGCAGGUUACGGGCAAUUUCGAGCGUCGGUAAAGUCCUACAUCGCUGAAUCUCACGGGCUCAUCGUUGUCUUUAGUCUUACCGAUGCGUCUUCCCUACGUGACGUAGAAACUCUGCUACAAGAAAUUUAUGACCUGCGGCGGAAUGAUGCUGAGACUCCUGUGGUACUCGUAGGCACGAAGGUGGACCUAAGAGACGAGUGCGAUAUCCUGGAUCAAACACUUGCUACACUCUCUGCUCGCUGGAGCGUUCCGAUGUACAAGACGUCUUCGUUGAGUAACAUGCACGUGAACGAACCCUUCGCAAACCUUUCCGGAUGUAUCAUUCUAUAG